AUGUGGAGAUUGCGGGAAAGAUUGCUGUUGAGAGAGGAUAUCAAUGUGGUUCACAUUGAUACCGUGGCUAAUACUCCUCUGGACACUGCAAUUCUGCGGUUAUCUGGCGAUAAGCAGCAGCGUAUGGUCGAGCUUCUAUUGACUAAAGGGGCAGUUCAUAGGCAGGAGUUGCUUUCACCGAAGGAGGUUCUAAGUAAAGCUGACCUCGUAGCGUAA